AUCCUUAGACUUCAGAACUCUCUUCCAACAUGGCCCAAGACAACUCUCCAAACAAGACCAUAACAAUGAAUCAGAGACGCAGCCGCACCAAAUUCACAGAAGAUCAAUUGAAAAUCCUCAUCAAGGCAUUUGACCAAAAUCCUUACCCAGGUUAUGCUACCAAACAAAGACUUGCUUUAGAAAUCAACACUGAUGAGUCCAGAAUCCAGAUUUGGUUUCAGAAUCGAAGAGCUAGGCACCAGUGCCAGAAAAAAUCAGAACCCGAUGAGGACUUAGAAUCACGUCAAGACCAAGAUCACUCUGAAGAGGAGAUUCAAAGUAGAGAAGACAGACGGUGUCGUACCAGCUAUACUUCUUCACAAUUACACACCCUCAUCGGGGCAUUUAUGAACAACCCUUAUCCUGGAAUUGAUACCAGAGAGCAACUUGCUAAGGAAAUUGGCAUUCCAGAGUCAAGAGUCCAAAUUUGGUUUCAAAAUCGGAGAUCCAGAUUCCAUGUCCAGAGAAAAAGAGAACCUGAUGAUCAAGACUCAGAACAGAGACAAGACCAGGACCAG